UCAUUCCAAGUUCCCGUUAUCUCUCAAACCACAAUAAACUAUAAACCCUCUCAAAGACCCUCCACAAAAAUGGCCCUCUCCAAGCUUGUAAUGGCUACCCUUCUCCUCUCCCUUCUCUUCCUUCAGCUCGCUCACGCUGCUAAUUACUCCACUCAAUCAAUCGAUUGUGGAGACGCUUGCAAAGUUAGGUGCCAGUUAUCGAGCAGACCGAACCUAUGCCACAGGGCAUGCGGGACAUGUUGCCGCCGAUGCAGCUGCGUUCCGCCGGGAACCGCCGGCAACUACGACAAGUGCCCUUGCUAUGCGACCUUGACCACCCAUGACGGCCGUCGCAAGUGCCCCUAAUUGUAAUUAAUUAAUUCACGAUUGCGUUUAAAAUCUUUAAGUAGUUUGAACGUGCGAUAAUUAAAAAUAUUGAUGAUGUAUGUUUGUUUUCCAUUUGGUAAAUGUAAAAUGGAUGUAGUACUGAUCAAUAAAAAGCUUACUGUAGCUGCUGAUCUAUAUCUCUAUUUCAGCAGGGACUUUCAUGAUCCAUGCAAAUAUGCAACCAUAUGUCUCCCAAAAUUUACGUGAGACAAAUUAUCAUUUUUAUAAUUAGUAUAGGUAUAAAAUGGUUUCUCAUAGAGAAUGCAAAUGUUGCAAAUUAGAGACAUUAUGUGCCACAUUAAAUUUGUUCUAGUGGUCUUUUAUAUAUAGAUGAGUCUAACUCGUUUUGUUGAUUUUGUGUACAACUAACGAACUCCCUGUCAAGUAUUUAGCGAAAUGGAUGAAAUUUGGGUUCACCUGAAUUUUUUAAUAAUUGGACUAUUAGCUCUGUUGGUUAGAGCGUUGUGCUAAUAACGCAAAGGUCAUAGG